UCUUUACCAAAAAAAGGAAAGUCGAGUUGUUGCGUUGCGUGCGGUUACACCGCGUGACAUCUCGGACAUGUUGUAAUGUCGUCAUGUCGUGUCCCUUUUUUUUCGCUUGCAACCUUUUUUUUUUUUUUUUUUUGUUUAUAAAAAUGUGUCAUUUGCACGUGCAAGCUUUAUAAACUUUAAUUAAAUUUAGACCAAUUCAAUUCUGGCCUGGAUUUCCAAGAAUCCGAUUCUCUCCGGCGAAAUUAAUUCUAAUCUCCGUUCUUUGUGGGAAAUGAAAUUGGAGAGAAGAUGAAGGGAAUGUCGAGAAAGGUUGGGAAGUACGAGGUUGGGAGAACCAUCGGCGAGGGAACCUUCGCUAAGGUUAAGUUUGCGAGGAACACGGAGACCGGAGAGAGCGUGGCCGUCAAAGUUUUGGCUAAGUCCACCAUUCUUGAACACAAAAUGGUUGAUCAGAUUAAAAGAGAGAUAUCCAUAAUGAAGAUUGUCCGGCAUCCCAAUAUAGUAAGGCUGCAUGAGGUUUUGGCUAGCCAGACAAAGAUAUAUAUAGUUCUUGAGUUUGUAACUGGAGGAGAGCUGUUCGAUAAAAUUGUUCACCAGCCAAAGCUUCCUGAAAAUGAAUGUAGGCGAUACUUUCAACAGCUUAUAGAUGCAGUUGCUCAUUGUCAUAGUAAGGGUGUGUACCAUAGAGACCUGAAGCCUGAAAACCUUCUUCUUGAUGCAUCUUGUAAUCUGAAGGUUUCGGACUUUGGACUGAGUGCAUUGCCUCAACAAGGGGUUGGUCUUCUUUACACAACAUGUGGAACCCCGAAUUAUGUUGCACCUGAGGUGCUCAGUAACCAGGGUUAUGAUGGUGCAGCUGCUGAUGUGUGGUCAUGUGGAGUCAUCCUCUAUGUUCUAAUGGCUGGUUAUCUUCCUUUUAAUGAGACAGACCUUCCAACUCUGUACAAAAAGAUAAAUGCAGCAGAAUUCUCUUGUCCAUAUUGGUUUCCUCUUGAGGUGAAUUCAUUGAUACAUAAAAUACUCAAUCCCAAUCCUAAAGAACGUAUUCGGAUUGAAGGAAUAAAAAAAGAUCCCUGGUUUCGGAAUCACUAUGUUCCUCCAGUGCACAGAGAAGAUGAGGAAGUAAAUUUGGAUGAUGUUUGUGCAGUUUUUGAUGACAUUGAGAACAACUAUGUUGCUGAGCAGUCAGAAAAUCAUGAAGGGGGUCCUUUGAUAAUGAAUGCAUUUGAGAUGAUUACCUUAUCACAGGGAUUGAAUUUAUCUGCAUUGUUUGACAGAGGACAGGAUUAUGUGAAGCGGCAAACUCGUUUCGUGUCCCGCAAACCAGCAAAUGUUAUCAUUUCAACAAUGGAAGCUGUUGCAGGAUCAAUGAGUCUCAAAGUCCAUAGACGUGAUUACAAGAUAAGACUUGAAGGAAUAUCUGCGAAUAAGGCUGGUCAAUUUGCAGUGGUCCUGGAGGUUUUUGAAGUUGCACCAUCCCUUUUCAUGGUAGAUGCUCGAAAGGCUGCUGGCGAUACUCUUGAAUAUCACAAGUUCUACAAGAAUUUCUGUGCCAAACUAGACAAUAUCAUUUGGAAAGCAUCGGAGGGUCAUGGCUAAUUCUAGUCUGCUUAGAAUAAAGACUUGCUGAUCCAGUUCCAUGGAUGUGAUGCAUAUCAGUAAGCAGAUCAACAGAGAGAGGCUAUUCCCUCUUAGGGCAAAAAAUCUACUACAAACAUGAAAAUAUUUCUUGAAAAGAGCUACUACACAAGUAUAAUCCUUAAUUAAUAAUGGUUUCUUGUUAGUUUAGAAAUCAAAGUAUAUUGUAUUGCAAAAUAAGAGGACACCAAUAAGUUACAGAGUUUCUUUUCCCAGUGAUUCACCCUGGGAGAUUUAUGACCUUCUUAUUUAGAGGCUUUAUGUAAAUCAAGAAGUUUGUCUGUACUUGUUUUUGGAAAGAGAGAAAAAGUUUCUACGGAUGUAUGAUUAUAUGUAAAUCAGAAAGUUCGUAUUUACCUAGUUGUUCUCUUUGGUUCU